GGUCAGGGGUUAGAAGCGCCAUCAUGGCGUCGCUGGAGGACGAUGAUGUGGCUGAUGACCAACUCGCGACGCUCCUGGUCUUCCCACCGGAGGUACAACAAGCCAUAGACCAGGUCUUACCGAGCAACGACCCUCUGGAUCGUCCUGACUUCAACCCAGUGGAGUACAUCAACACGCUGUUCCCCACGGAGCAAUCUCUCGCCAACAUCGACGAGGUUGUGAACAGAAUCCGUCUGAAGAUCCGUCGUCUGGACGAUGACAUCCGAGGGGUCGUGCGAGGUCAGACCAACGUAAGUCAGGAUGGGCAGGCGGCCCUGGAGGAGGCACAGAAGGCCAUACAGCAGCUGUUUGAGAGGAUCAAGGACAUCAAGGACAAGGCUGAGAAGUCAGAGGAGAUGGUGAAGGAGAUCACCCGUGAUAUCAAGCAGCUGGACCACGCCAAGCGCCAUCUUACCUCCUCCAUCACCACCCUGAACCACCUGCACAUGCUGGUAGGGGGCGUUGAUUCGCUGCACUCCCUCAUUCGCCGCCGGCAGUACGGAGAGGUCGCAAACCUGCUGCAGGGAGUGGUCAACGUCAUGGAACACUUCCACAAGUACAUGAGCAUCCCGCAGAUUGGCCAGCUAGCAGAUCAGGUGAAACAGAUCCAGACAGAACUUGGUCAACAGAUCUUGGCAGAUUUUGAGGAGGCAUUCUCAGCCCAAGGUGGGAAAGGUCUGGGACCCAGCAACACAGCGCAGCUGGCCGAGGCAUGUCUGGUGGUGAAUGUCCUUGACCCCAAGGUCAAGCGUGACCUGAUGAAGUGGUUUGUGAAGUUACAGCUGCAGGAGUAUGCAGCGCUGUUCCACGAGGGGCAAGAUGUCGCCUGGCUGGACAAGAUUGACCGGCGCUAUGCCUGGCUGAAACGAGCACUGGUGGAGUUUGAGGAGAAGUUUGGGAACAUGUUCCCUGCUGAGUGGGCGGUGAGUGAGAGGAUCGCUGUGGAGUUCUGCCACAUCACCAGGAAGGAGAUGUCUCGCAUCAUGACCAACAGGAAGGCGGAGAUCGAGGUCAAGCUGCUCCUAUUCGCCAUCCAGAGAACCACCAACUUUGAGCAGCUGCUGGUCAAGAGAUUCACUGGCAUUACAUUUGAGGAAGAAGGGCAGGCCCAGAAUUCAACCAACCCGUUUGUGGAACUGCAGCAACGGGAGUCAACAAACCCAUUUGAAGUGGAAGACGACAAUGCGCAAACUACACCAGCCAAGCCAAAGCAGUCUCCAUUCAUUGGUAUCAUCUCCCAGUGUUUUGAGCCACACCUGCAUGUUUACAUCCUGUCUCAGGACAAAAACUUAGCUGAGUUGAUUGAGCGGUUUGUUCAGGACUUCAAGGAACACGGUGUCCCACAUGUGGAGGGUGAGGAUGGAGGUGCAGUGCUGCCCAGCUGUGCAGACCUGUUUGUGUUCUACAAGAAGUGCAUGGUGCAAUGCUCGCAGCUCAGUGCGGGGGCGCCCAUGGUGGACCUCGCAGGGGUGUUCCGCAAGUACCUGAGAGACUACGCCAGCAGGUUGCUGAUUGGCAAUUUGCCAAAGGUGAGCAAAGGACCCGCGGCUCACGAGUCCAUGCCAAAGGACAUGCAAUUCUACAGGAUGCUGUCUCAAAGUGUUAGUCACACUGGUAGAACUGUAGUCAGAAUAAUGAGUCUAGCGAUUAUGAUUGUUGUUCAGCAAUCAGCAUCAUGGUGUUCAGGGGUAUGGGCAGGUGGCAUGAAGUACUGUACACUGCUGGAAAUAUGCCCUAGAUAUCAGCCAUAGGAAACCUAUGCUUUUCCUUGGCUAAAGUUUGUCAGCUUAUAGGUUGCAUGCUGGGGUAGUUUUGGCUUUGUAAUUUGACAUUAAUAUUUAUCACUCAGGUGACGUACAUGAUUGUCAGUACUGUACAUGGAUUAAUAAUGAUAUAGUAGAGGCUCCAGAAAGCAUCUUUUUAAUUCCUAUAAAUCUGAGCUGUGUGUACUUGAAAGGAUUUCUGAUGUUACAAUAUGAAGUCACCUGGUACAUAAAGGUUUAGCUUAGAAUGUUGCUAUUACAUAGAAGAAUAUGAAUGUCUACAAGGUACUGUAACAUUACAUGAUGGCCGUGGCAAGGUUACAUUGUACAUUGAAAGUACAUGUAUAUGGUGCACAGUUUUGGUGACUACUUUGGCUUUGCAUGUGAUCAUAAUUCGUUGUGUGUUGCGUAUUGUCUGACGUGUGA